CGCGUCCGGCAUAAUAAUCUGGUCGCGGCUAGACGCCGCCACAGCCGCCCUUCCACCUUUGCUCCGCACCUCCCCGGGUGCCCGCGCCGGGACAUUGGGGGGGCGCGCGCGCACACACACACACACACACACACUCUCUCUCUCUCUCGAGCGCGCGCCUUUCCCGGCGCGCGCCCUCCCGGCUCCGUCUCUCUCGCGCGCGCGCUGAGCCGAGGUAAACCCUGCACAGGCUUCCCCCGCCUCCUCCUCCUCCUCCCUGCCUUCCCUCUUGGGCGGCGGCGGGCAGCGAGCGAGCGAGCGAACGCCCGGCUGAAGCCAUCCGGGUCCCGUUGCUUUGCAGCCUCCCCUCCUCCUCCCUCUUGUCCCCGGCGGAGAAGCUGAGCCCCGGCGGCGGCUGCUGCUGCUGGAGGAGGCCGCGAUGCAUUUGCACCAGGUGCUCACCGGAGCCGUCAACCCGGGCGACAAUUGCUACUCGGUGGGCAGCGUCGAGGACAGCCCCUUCACGGCAUACGGCUCCGGAUGUGACAUUGUUAUUCUGGCAAAUGACUUUGAAUGUGUGCAAAUUAUUCCUGGUGCUAAGCAUGGAAACAUCCAGGUCAGCUGUGUGGAGUGCUCCCAGCAACAAGGAAGGAUUGCAGCCUCUUACGGAAAUGCUGUCUGUGUUUUUGAGCCCCUUGGUAUAAAUUCUCACAAAAGAAAUUGUCGACUAAAGUGUCAAUGGCUGAAAACAGGACAGUUUUUCCUCAGUUCAAUGACCUUCAACUUAGCAUGGGACCCCCAAGGUAAUAGGCUGCUGACCGCAACAGAUUACUUACAAUUAUGGGCCCCUCCUUCUAGUGAUAUCCUAGAGGAGGAGGAGGAGGAAGGAGAUCCUGAGACAGAGAUCAAAGAUGAUAAAAUUCACCCCGUUCUAAAUGACUGGAAAUGCAUCUGGCAAUGCAAGACUGCAGUGUCUGUGCAUCUGAUGGAAUGGUCACCCGAAGGUGAAUAUUUUGCAACAGCUGGCAAGGACGAUUGUCUCUUAAAAGUCUGGUAUCCAAUGACCGGCUGGAAAUCCUCUCUCCUACCCCAAGAGGGCGAUGAACAAAAGAAAAUCUUUGCACCCAUUCAGUUUGCCUUUGUGUAUCUGGCGCAUCCUCGAGCGGUGACAGGAUUUUCGUGGCGAAAAACUAGCAAGUGUAUGCCCAGGGGUUCAGUUUGCAAUGUGCUACUUACUUCAUGCCAUGAUGGUGUUUGCCGCCUGUGGGCAGAGACUUUGUUACCCGAAGACAGUCUGAUGGGAGAGCAGAUCUGUGAGACCAGCACUUCUAGCAUUAGCGGCAGCACCAGCUUCUCUCGCUCUGGAAGACACAAAGACAACAUCCAGCAUGCUUUGGAGACAAUUCAUCACUUGAAAAAUUUGAGAAAGGGGCAGCGAAGAUCUUCAGUGCUUAUUACUCACAGCGAAGAUUUGCCUGAUCAGAUUGGAAUGCAUGAAGUUCAGCGCCACAUUUCACACCAUGCAAAUGUGCUCUGCCACUUCCAUAUAGCAGCAAGCAUUAACCCCACCACAGACAUUCCACCCGCUUUGGUGAAGACAGCGUUUAAUUUAGAUGAAGGAAAUGAAGGCUUUGUAGUCCACUGGCUGAACAACAAAGAAUUCCAUUUUACAUCCUCAAUUGAAAUAUUUAUGCAGCAUCUUCGAGAACUUGCCGAUCAGCAAACAAAAAAGGCCGAAGAGGAUCUUGAUGAUGUAGAGGAACAGGAGGAGAAAGAGAGAGGCUUGCACAUGAAACUGGAUCAUGAAUUGUCUCUAGAUAGGGAAUCUGAGACCGGUACGGGAACAGGUUCCUCAGAACAUGAAGAUGGAGAGCGGGAGGGGAGCCCCAAAAUCCUGUCACCAGCUCUAGCGCCGAUUCCACUGCCUACUGUUUUGUUAGAUCGUAAAAUCGACACGCUGCUUAAAGAAUGGAACAAGAACCCAGACAUGCUCUUCACCAUUCAUCCCGUAGAUGGUACCUUUUUAGUGUGGCAUGUGAAAUAUUUGGAUGAGUAUAACCCAGGGAUCUUUAGACAAGUUCAGGUUACCUUUUCUUCUCAGAUUCCAGUUGCAUUUCCAUCGGGUGAUGCCAGCUCGCUUAGCAAAAACAUCAUGAUGUAUGCCUGGACGGCCUCAACAGACGAAGUCGACAACACACCGCUGCAGGAGCGGGCAAGCAUUUCCUAUAGCCUUUCUGGAUGGAGGCCGAGUUGUGCCCAGGACAGUUCCAGCGUGAACAUUACUGCCCCCACGGUGAUGAUGGUUUCCAAACAUAUCGAUGGCUCCCUCAACCAGUGGGCGGUUUCUUUUGCCGACAAGUCUGCUUUCACCACAGUGCAUACGGUCACUCACAAGUUUCGGUACUGCGGGCACCGGUUCCACCUCAACGACCUCGCUUGCCAUUCGGUGCUGCCGCUGCUUCUGACCUCUUCCCAUCACAACGCUUUGCUAACCCCCGAGUCGGAUCAGCCGUGGGACUCCGACGGCUUAAAUAGAAUCGUGGACCCCAUGAGACACCAGAAAGGGUCUCCCAGGCAACAGCUCCGAAAUGCGGCAACUCGGACAUUCCACGAUCCGAAUGCCAUCUAUAGCGAACUCAUCUUGUGGCGUGUGGAUCCCAUCGGACCGUUGUCAUACACGGGAGGAGUGUCCGAACUGGCGCGCAUUAAUUCUCUUCAUACCUCUGCUUUCUCGAACGUGGCCUGGCUUCCAACCCUGAUUCCUAGCUAUUGUCUCGGUACGUACUGCAAUUCCGCUAGUGCUUGCUUUGUUGCAUCUGAUGGCAAGAACCUGAGGUUAUACCAAGCGGUGGUGGAUGCGCGGAAACUUCUGGAUGAACUGAGUGACCCUGGAUCUUCUAAACUGAUUGGUGAAGUGUUUAACAUUGUGAGCCAGCAGUCAACAGCUCGACCUGGAUGCAUUAUUGAACUAGAUGCCAUAACUGACCAGUGUGGGACAAACACUCAGCUACUUCAUGUUUUUCAAGAGGACUUCAUUUUGGGAUACAAGCCGCACAAGGAAGAAGUGGAACGGAAAGAAACGGAGAUAUUUUUCCAGCCAUCUAAAGGUUAUCGUCCCCCACCUUUCUCGGAGAAGUUCUAUCUGGUGGUCAUUGAAAAAGACACCAGUGGUUGCUCAACGCUUCACAUGUGGCACCUGCAUCUUAAAUCUGUGCAAGCAUGUUUAGCAAAACCUGCUGAAGCGUUGUCAUUGGGAAACCAGCUAACCGUACUUGGACAACAGACGGUGGACUCUUCUCCAGAUACCUCACCUGGCACAGCGCCCCUGCCCCGUUCUUCAUCCGUCGCUAAUCUUCAGACAGCUAGCAAACUUAUUUUGAGUUCCAGCCUUGUCUAUAGUUACCCCUUGGAUCUCCCGUUUGGUGUAGAAGUCGUAAGAGCGACUCCUUCUGCAGGGCACUUGAGCUCUUCGUCAAUCUACCCCGUCUGCCUUGCACCUUAUUUGCUGGUGACGUCCUGUUCGGAUAACAAUGUGCGCUUCUGGAGGUGUUCUGUAGAGACAGCCGUGAACAGCAAAGGCGAACGGAAGGAGAGCUAUUGCUGGAAAAAGUGGCCUUUAAUGAAUGACGAGAGAGGAGAUGACAGCAGCACAGUGUGCAUCGUGGGAAGGCCAGUUGCUGUGAGCUGUUCCUAUACCGGGCGCUUAGCGGUAGCAUACAAGCAGCCUGUGCAGCAUAAUGGAUUCGUUUCCAAAGACUUUUCUAUGCAUGUCUGCAUAUUUGAAUGCGAAUCUACAGGGGGAUCGGAGUGGGUGUUGGAGCAGACGAUCCAUUUGGACGACUUAGUUAAAGUCGGGAGUGUCCUGGAUUCGAGAGUUAGCGUUGACAGUAACUUAUUUGUAUACAGCAAAUCGGAUAUAUUUUUGAAUAAGGACCACUAUCUUAUGCCAAACAUCAAGCAUCUGGUGCACUUAGAUUGGGUUUCGAAAGAAGACGGCUCGCAUAUACUGACAGUGGGCGUGGGUGCAAAUAUUUUCAUGUAUGGCCGGCUUUCAGGCACCGUGCCUGAACAAACCAACAGCAAAGAGAGUGUUGCUGUCAUUACAUUACCACUAGGUGGUAGCAUCAAGCAAGGGAUCAAGUCCAAAUGGGUCUUGCUGAGAUCGAUAGACUUGGUCUCCUCCGUAGAUGGUACCCCUUCCCUGCCUGUCUCUCUCUCUUGGGUAAGAGAUGGCAUCCUGGUGGUGGGGAUGGACUGUGAAAUGCACGUCUAUGCACAGUGGAAACACGCCAUGAAAUCAGGAGAUGGCGACAGCAAUGGGUUCCUGACUGAAGACUCGCCCUUUCAGGAUCCAAUGAAGAUGAGUUUGCUUGCCAAAAAGGCCAGCAUAAUUGAGGGAGGAGGCCUUCUGGAUGACGUCUUUGGUACUCCCACUGUGAUUCAAGAUGGCGGCCUUUUUGAAGCAGCUCAUGUCCUUUCUCCGACUCUUCCGCAGUAUCACCCCACCCAGCUUCUAGAGCUGAUGGAUCUGGGUAAAGUUCGCCGUGCAAAAGCCAUUCUUUCGCAUUUAGUGAAAUGCAUUGCGGGGGAAGUUGCCAUUGUGAAAGACCCCGAAGCUGCGGAUGGUGGCUCGAAACGGCAUCUUUCUCGCACCAUUAGUGUAAGCGGCAGCACGGCCAAGGAUGCAGUCGCUACUGGGAAAGAUGGCACGCGGGACUACACAGAGAUCGAUUCUAUUCCCCCGCUGCCGUUGUAUGCCUUGCUGGCGGCGGAUCAGGAUUCCACGUACAAAAUGGAGGAAGCCACUAAAGGGCCCAAAGGGCGGGACGAUCACGCGAAAAGAAAAACGGACGAUCAGUAUUCGGACCUCUUCCAGGUGCAGCCGGUCACCACCGACGACUUCAUUGAUUUUGAGCCGGAAAGGAGAGAGCAUAAAUCCAAAGUCAUUAAUCUGUCUCAGUAUGGGCCGACUUGCUUUGGCCGGGAACACGCCAGUGUCCUUUCAAGCCAUCUGAUGCACUCGAGUUUGCCAGGACUCACUCGACUGGAGCAAAUGUUCUUGGUUGCUUUGGCAGACACUGUGGCCACCACAAGCACUGAGCUUGACGAAAACAGAGAUAAACAUUACUCAGGGAGAGACACCUUAGAUGAGUGUGGCUUGCGGUAUUUAUUAGCUACGCGUUUACACACCUGCCUUCUGACGUCGCUCCCUCCUUUAUACCGCGUCCAGCUGCUCCAUCAAGGUGUGUCUACAUGCCACUUUGCCUGGGCUUUUCAUUCGGAAGCUGAGGAAGAGUUGAUCAACAUGAUUCCUGCCAUUCAAAGAGGGGACCCCCAGUGGUCUGAACUAAGAGCCAUAGGCAUCGGCUGGUGGGUUAGAAAUAUUAACACGCUCCGCAGGUGCAUGGAAAAGGUUGCAAAAGCAGCUUUUCAGAGGAAUAACGAUGCUUUGGAUGCUGCCCUUUUUUACCUUGCGAUGAAGAAAAAAGCCGUUGUGUGGGGUCUCUUUCGUUCUCAGCAUGAUGAAAAAAUGACACAGUUCUUCAGCCAUAAUUUCAGUGAGGAUAGAUGGCGCCGAGCCGCUUUGAAGAAUGCCUUUGCUUUGCUGGGGAAACAACGCUUUGAACAGUCUGCUGCCUUUUUCUUGUUAGCGGGCUCAUUGAAGGAUGCUAUAGAGGUAUGUCUUGAGAAAAUGGAAGACAUCCAGCUGGCAAUGGUGAUUGCUCGUUUAUACGAAUCGGAAUUUGAGAUUUCCUCCACCUAUACAGCCAUCCUUUAUGAGAGGAUUUUGGGCUGCGAGAAAGAUGGAACUGGAUUCAGCUGUCUUCGACUGCACCCAGAUCCUUUCUUACGAAGCCUCGCCUACUGGGUGAUGAAAGAAUAUACUAGAGCACUCGACACUUUAUUGGAACAGACGCCAAAGGAAGACGAUGAAAAUCCAGUCAUCAUCAAGUCCUGCAAUCCUAUAGUGUUCAGUUUCUACAACUACCUUCGUACCCACCCCCUGCUCAUGAGAAGAAAUUUCUGCUCUCCUGAGGCACCUUCAGCCACCGUAGGUUUACAAGCGGAGAAAAGCUUUGUCGACCAAAUCAAUCUUAUUGAGAGGAAGCUCUUUUUCACUACUGCAAAUGCUCAUUUUAAAGUGGGGUGUCCCGUGUUGGCACUUGAAGUCCUUUCCAAGCUUCCGAAAAUAAGAAGCAAAUCCAAUAUUUUUAUCAAGAAAGAGGAAAAGAGCCCCAGUCUCACUAUGCAGAAUGGCGCGAAAUUGGAGCCAAAGACAUUAGGUGAAGGCAGCACUGUAGAUUGGUCACAGCCAUCAGUGACUCCGUCAGCCGUGACAAGCAAUACAGAGUCCAUAGCCUUAAUUGACUGGAGUCAGCCAGCGAUAACCUUUGAAGAAGAGCCGCUGAAACUUGACUGGGGUGAAGACAUCAACGAAGAGGAAGAGGAGGACGGUUUGCUGAUGAAGAGCUCCAAAUUGGAACCGGAGAGUAAAAAGCAAGAUGGGAAAAGCCCAGACGCUGACCAAGGGGAGGAAGUGGACCCAGAGGCAACGGAAGUCGAUGUGAUUGCCGAACAGCUGAAAUUCAGGGCUUGCCUGAAAAUCCUCAUGACGGAACUCAGGACGUUGGCCACCGGUUACGAAGUUGACGGCGGGAAACUCCGCUUCCAGCUCUACAACUGGCUGGAGAAAGAAAUCGCGGCCUUGCACGAGAUCUGUAACCAUGAGGCCCGCAGCAAGGACUACGCUCAGGCCGACAGCAAAAUAAACGGGGACCUCCUGGGUCAUGAGGAGGUGGUGGACAAGCCGGAGGUCGGCUCCUACGAGCGGCAUCAGAUCGAAAGGCGGAGGCUGCAGGCGAAGCGCGAGCAUGCCGAGCGGCGGAAGUGGUGGCUGCAGCGGAACCAAGCUCUCCUCCGCGUCUUCCUCAGCUACUGCAGCCUUCAUGGGGCCCAAGGCGGUGGUCUUGCGUCCGUCAGGAUGGAGCUGAAAUUUCUGCUGCAAGAAUCGCAGCAGGAAACGACAGUCAAGCAGCUCCAGUCCCCGCUCCCGCUGCCCACCACGCUGCCGUUGCUCUCGGCAAGCAUUGCUUCCACCAAAACCGUGAUAGCCAAUCCUGUGCUGUAUUUAAACAACCACAUCCACGAUAUCCUUCACACGAUUGUGCAGAUGAAAACACCGCCGCAUCCGAAUGUUGAAGAUGUCAAGGUGCAUACUCUUUAUUCAUUGGCCGCUUCCCUCUCUGCAUCUAUAUACCAAGCACUGUGUGACAGCCACAGCUAUAGCAUUCAGACAGAAACCAACCAGUUUACGGGAAUGGUUUAUCAAGGACUCCUGUUGAGUGACCGUCGCCGACUGAGGACAGAAAGCAUUGAAGAGCACGCAACUCCAAAUUCGCUGCCUGCCCAGUGGCCUGGCGUGAGUUCGCUCAUAAACCUCUUAAAUACAGCCCAGGAUGAGGACCAGCCGAAGCUGAACGUCCUGCUGUGUGAAGCUGUCGUGGCCGUCUACCUAAGCCUGCUGGUCCACGCCCUGGCGACUAACUCCUGCAAUGAAUUGUUUCGGCUCGCAGCACAUCCCUUGAACAAUAGGAUGUGGGCUGCGGUCUUUGGAGGAGGAGUGAAGCUCGUCAUCAAACCCAGAAAACUGUCAGAAAAUAUUCCAGCACCUCCAGUUCCCUCAGAAGAAAUGGAUAAACAUCGUCGUAGAUUCAACAUGAGGAUGCUAGUGCCAGGGAGACCUGUUAAAGACAGUGUGGUCCCUCCACCUGUACCUGCAGAAAGACCAUCCUACAAAGAAAAAUUUGUUCCUCCGGAACUCAGCAUGUUGGACUAUUUUGUGGCAAAGCCUUUCCUUCCUCUGUCAGACAGCGGUGUGAUCUACGAUUCCGAUGAAAGCAUUCAUAGUGAAGAUGAGGACGACGACGAUGCUUUCCUUUCCGAUAUCCAGAUCCUGCAGCAUAAAGAUGCCAACUCUUACAGCUGGGCGCUAAUCCAUUUGGCAAUGGUGAAACUAGCUCUGCACAAUAUAAAGACCUUCUUCCCCAUUACUGGUUUAGAAAUAGCUGAACUUCCAGUCACGUCACCACUGGGAAUUGCUGUGAUAAAAAGUCUGGAAAACUGGGAGCAGAUUCUACAGGAAAGAAUGGACCAGUUUGAGGGCCCGCCACCCAAUUACAUCAACACCUAUUUCCCCGAAUCAGGAAUGGGACCUGGAGCAGCCGCUGCCCGGAUAAAAGCCAUGGUUGACCCGGAAAACACGCCGUUCAAAUCAAAAGAUUAUUCGGCGCUGCCCUCUAAGAGACUCUGGCAUUUUCUGGUGAAGCAGGAAUUGCUGCAGGAUACCUUCAUCCGUUACACGUUCACAAAGAAAAGAAAGCAAAGCGAGUCUGUAGAAGAUCGUGCGGAGCAGGUCACACAAACCAGCGUAGCAGAAGGAGGCAAAACCAAGGUUGAGGCAGAACUUGGCUACCCAGGAGGAAGAGCAAAAAUCAUACACAAGGAGUCCGAUAUGAUCAUGGCCUUUGCGGUCAAUAAGGCAAAUGUCAAUGAGAUAGUGUUGGCUUCCACGCACGAUGUGCAAGAACUUGAUGUUUCAGCUCUCUUGGCAGCUCAGUCAUAUAUAUGGAUUGGAGAAGAAUUUGACCGAGAAUCUAAAAGUUCAGAUGACGUGGACUUCCGUGGUUCCACCACAACACUCACUCAGUCCAGCACCGCAUCCUUUGCAGUGAGUCAGAUGCAGCCUGCUUCUUCAUCUAUGCCGUGGUUAGGCAGCGGACAGACAAGUACUGGAGCUGGGGUGCUGAUCAAGCGGAACCUGAACAAUGUGAAAAGGAUGGCUUCCCAUCCCGUCCAUCAGUAUUACCUUACCGGAGCCCAGGACGGGAGCGUCCGAAUGUUCGAAUGGACCCGGCCGCAGCAGUUGGUGUGCUUCCGGCAAGCGGGCAACGCGAGGGUGACUCGAAUGUAUUUUAAUUCUCAGGGCAACAAGUGUGGUGUCGCUGAUGGAGAGGGGUUCUUAAGUAUCUGGCAAGUAAACCAAACUGCAACUAAUCCUAAACCUUACCUGAGUUGGCAGUGCCACAGCAAAACCACAAGUGACUUCGCAUUUAUUACCUCUUCAAGUCUAGUAGCCACUUCCGGGCAAUCCAAUGACAACAGAAAUGUGUGUUUGUGGGACACCCUGGUGUCAUCGGCCAAUAGCCUCAUCCAUGCCUUCACUUGCCACGAUAAUGGUGCUACUGUUCUCCAGUAUGCACCGAAGCACCAGCUGCUGAUUUCCGGCGGCCGGAAAGGAUACAUCUCCAUCUUUGAUAUCCGGCAGCGGCAGGCCCUUCAUACCUUCCAAGCGCACGAUUCGGCCAUUAAGGCACUUGCCCUCGACUCCUCCGAAGAAUGUUUUUCCACCGGCUCAGCAGAAGGCAACAUGAAGGUGUGGAGGCUGACAGGCUAUGGUUUAAUCCAUUCCUUUAAGCACGAGCACGCCAAGCAGUCCAUCUUCCGAAACCUCAGUGCUGGAGUCAUGCAGAUUGAAAUGGCCCAGGGCAAUCGCAUCUUCUCCUGUGGAGCAGAUGGCACCCUGAAAAUGAGGGUGCUUCCCAACACCUUCAGUAUUCCUUCGAGUCUCUGUGACAUUCUCUAGGGUUUGGUGGUGGUGGUGGUGCUGCUGCUGCUGCUGUCCCUUCCCGAGAAAGUUUGGGAGGGGCGUUUUGGAGAACCGUCAAAAGCCUUUAAGAUGAGGAGGCUACUUUGCUUUGCUUUCAGAGUCGUCAUGACAGCAUUUAGUGCUAUAGUUGUAAUACCAAGAAGAGCAAAGUUCUGACUUUUAAACACACACACACACACGCGCGCGCGUGCGUGCACACACUCACUCUUACACUUGUAUUUCUAUUUUUAUUUUGGUACUGCGUUUAGGGAUUGAGGGGACAGAAAAUGCAUGCCCUGUAAGAGCUCUGAAGUCCCAGUGGGAGCGAAAAGCCAGGUCCGUCGUGACAUCCCUCACCCCGCCUCUUUUGCGUAAAGAAGCACAGAGAUGCUUCUUGUGCUUUCUGUCGCGGCAAAUACCUAUAAAAUAAGCUUUAAAAAAACAACAAUGUACUUUUGGGACUCUCUUCCAGGUCUUUGCCACUCAUUUGAAGCAUGUCUGUGGUUUCUUUUUUUCCCUUUUUCUGUUGUUUUUUUGGACACUAAUUUGCCGUAAUGAAGGGUAUUCCGCGUGAAUGUGAUUUUAUGUUGUUAAUAAUUCUUUGGGGUCAUGCCACCACAAAAAAAGCUGUGAUGCUCACACCGUCGGUGGACCAGUGUGCAAUGAGGAAUGUACUGUGGGCUAAUGUGAACCUGCUUUGAUGCUGUGAUCCUUCUCCCUUCUGCGCAACCCACACCCCCCCCCCCCCCCGCCGCAGUUUGUAUUAUUGCACAGAAGCACAUUUCUGAGAAGGAGUGGGGUGUUGCUUGAAUUGCACAACAUUCUUUGUUUUUGUUUGCCUGUCUGGGCAGAAAUCGCUAUUAUGAAAGGCGCAGAGCUAAUGCUGAAGACGGAUGUUCCGUGUCACAUUCGCCGCUUCUGUCCACAAUCCUCAAGUACAACUUGCAUGGGUCCUGAUGACAGUUCCGUGCAAGUAUCCAGCUUUGUUCCACGCUACGGCAAGGAUGCAGAGAGACCCCAAGAGGCACCCUCCAGACCGGGGCUGGACUACAACUCCCACCAUCCCUGACAAUUGGCCACUGUGGCCGGGGAGGUGGGAGUUGGGGCCCAACAUCUGGUGGUGAAGCCAAGGGGCCCAGCCACACCAAGUUAACCAGGACUAAGUCCCAUGGAAGUUUAAUGGGGCUUAAGACGGUUGUAGCGAACAUGUCUGACUGGUUCCAGUGGCCCUGAUUCAUAGUGUUGCCCACACUAAGGAUAUCAGGAUAAGUUGGUUGUACUAGGUGUUACAGAGGAGGACCGAGGCGAAUGUGAUACGGGGCUGCCAUUUUCUUUGGCAGCGCCUCAUCCUUCUAGUAGUAAAUUCCACCCCGCUCUUGGACAUCCCUUUCCCCCUUUCUUAUUUUGAGUCCUACCUUUUUACAUUGGGAAUGUAUUAUGAGCACUAAGUGUUUUGUAGUGAACAGAAACCUAUUUCUAGUCAUCAUUUGAAUUUAAUUCUUUAUUUUGUCCGGGGGGGGGGGGGACACAAAUAAUUCUAAUUAAAUGAAGCUAUUGAGUGGGGAGGGGUGGACUACUGAUAGACCAUACAAUGCCACGUUUCAUAUGAAUGUCAGGCUUAACAUGUGGCCAGUUAGUAAAUAGUUGGCAAGACCAGUGAUCUAAACCAGGGGUUCUCCAGCUUGGGCGCCCAGACCUUGUUGGACUUCAACUCCCAUAAUCCCAUACACUCCCAAAGGUCAUUGUGGUGGCGGCUAGGGAUUAUGGGACUUGAAGUCCAGCCACAUUGGGGAUGCAAGUUGGAGAACCCCCGAUCGAAACGAUUACCAAGGCAUAUUGUAUAAAACUAUGCAGAGGUCAAUAUUGUUUGCUUGUAAUAUACCAGCGAUCGUUUGUCAUAUUUAGAUGUAUUUUUCUCAGCUGUAAACAGGAAGACACAUUCUUACUAAGAUAAUGGGAGCUGAUGUCUGUGUAUUUAAAUGUUAACAAAUUGUAUUUUUUUUUUCCUCCCAAUGAGAAUUUUGGUGUCUGUGAUGUAUUGUAAAAAUUAUAUAAAUAUAAAUAUAUAUAUAUAUAUAUGACGGGAUAAAAUGCACCUUUGUCUAAAGGCAAUCUUAAUUGCAAGCUGUGAAGUAUGUAUAUGGGGAAAGAAAGCAAAUGUCAUUUGUUAGUUUUACCUUUGUAAGUUAAAUAAAUUCCUUUUAUUUCACGGAA